AUGGUGACCAUUCAAACACAUAAGCAAGUCGCCGCCGUGGACGCGCUUGUGAGUGCUUUUGAAAGUCGACAUCUAGGUGAGCCAGAGUCACUGCUUGGAUGUGCAGGGAACGUAUUCCGCAGUUGCGACGCAACUGUUCUUACUAGCAAGGAUGUAGAUAGAUUCAAUGUGAAGAUGAAAGCGAAAGAUCCGCGUUUCGCAAGCGUUUUCACACGAACAGUCGAUGCUCUACGUACGUCAUCUUCGAUUCAUAAUGUGGACGCUCUAGUUGAACUGCUUAUCAAAUGUAGAAUGAUGCAUGUGUUCUACACUAGCUCUGGUCGGGAACGAGCUGAAGCAAGAGAAUGUGUUCAGAAAUCCCCAUAUUUUAGUCGACGUUCAGCCAGCCGAGGAAAGCUUAAGGCUACAGAUACCGCUAAAACGGUUAGUAACAACUACCACGUGCACUCCUCCGUGAAUUCGCAGCAGGCUACUCCUCUUCAUAAUAGCACUACUUCAUUCACUCCAAUUUCCGCGAAGAACCUUCUAUUCGGGUCGUCUCAGUCUGAGUUUUCUGCUUAUGGCUCUUCUUCAUAUCCUAGCAAUGAAUCUCUACGAGUGCUUCGCAUAGAACGGUCUAAAUCGAACCGAACUUCUCUCGACAUGCGGAUGGGAAUGACAUCAAGUGUUUCUGCAAGGUCGUUAUGCCUGGAACUAUGUGGAGCACUGGUUGGUUUGGAGGGAUCGUACUUUCGCAUCGAUGCCAAUGGUUACAUGCGCAUAAUUGAGUCCUGCUCUCUGUCGCAGUCGCAAAAAUCCGUGGUUGAAAGUGUGCUAAAUUUAGCUCAUUUGUACGUUGAUAUUGUACGUUUUCACGCGCAAUGCUCUGAUGACCCUUUCUUGCAGGCAUUCUUGUUAUCAUCACAAGAUAUCAUUGAAGAGUAUAUUCACGGCAUAAGAGAAAUACCAACCAGCUGUCGUCCACUACAUCUAGUCCGUGUUGCUUCUACUGUAGAGCUCUGGAGAGAUCGCCUGAUUGAAUUGCAUCGUCUGCAUAGUCUUCGCCAUGAAUUUGGAAGUAUUUUAUUGGAACUAAUGUCCACCUUGUACAGUUCUGUAUCGGAAAAUUUUGUUGUUGACCGAAUGAUGGACAGCUGUUGUGGAGUACUUUGUCGUUUGAUAUCUCGAUUGAUGAGCGGUGCUGAAACAGGACAAGAUGAAAAAGAAACUUUUGCUCAACGCUCAAUUAAGGGAUGCCACUUUUCCUUAAUACCAUCAUUUCUUCCUGCAUGGAUUGCAAACUAUAUAAUCAAGAUCGAGAAGUCGUGGAAUACAAUGGACUUUAGGAAAAACAUUGAAAAUCUUGAUAAAGCCAGGAACAUAGUUGCCACACAGUUAGACUCGAGGGCUUUUUAUGUAAUACAUGAUCGUUACAAACUGGAGCGUGUUGUAAAGGAGGUGUGCAGACUCGUUUGCGGUAGCGUAGUCCGCUGCUUUAUAGUAGAACAUCACAUAAUUGAUCACUUCGAUGCAGCGCGUUCUUUCCUUCUUCUUCACGAUCCUAUUUUCUCUAUUGUGCUUUACCAGAAGUUUUGUGAGUGCACAUAUGGCAUGCGUAGUAAGUUGUCGCAACGAGAUGCUAACAAUGCACUUAUCGCAGCAGCAGCGUUGUCUCCUGCUAUUCGUCGUUUUCCGUUCCGCGUUAAGCUGGAUACACUUUCAUCGGCUACCGAUUCGCCCAACACCUCUUCUCGUCUGCAAUUUGUACAACCGCUUCGUCCAUUUUAUCAUCCAGAUGAACCAGUUCUGCAAAUUUUUAAGGAGACCGACAGAAGAUAUGAAUCUUUGUUUCAAUUUCUAUGGCCUGUGGAAAUGUGCUUACUUAUGAUAUCGGAGAAUGCCUGUUCCAUAGGGCAAUUGUCAGCACGAAAGCAAAAAGGAUUAAAUAAUGGCACCUCUUUUCUACGUCUUAUCUCGAGCUUAUUGGCCUGCAUUGAACGGACUUUGCUCCGAUUGCGUAUGUACACUGUUGAAAUGACGAAUCAUUGGUUCAAAAGGCUGCGAUGUGAUGUAGAUGAGGCAAUAGAUUUAGACGCUAUUGUAGACGCUCACAGCAGAUAUUUGGACGGUUUGAGCGCAUCAUUGUUCUUGACAAAUGAUACUGAGGAAAUAUAUGGGCUCAUCACUUCGAUACUUCAAAUAUCACAUGAUCUAUCACUAAAAUGCAGUGAGUUUCUCACGAAGGUGGAAUCAAAGGAACCUACCGUGUGGAAUGAUUUGACUGAUCUCGCGGUUAUUCGAGCCAAACUACAGGCAAUAAUCCCUGGUCUUAUCAUACGUGUGCAAGAUCUCAGGAAGUGUCAGAACAACUCUGCGUUUGCCAUUCUACUUGGAAUUGUGGAUUAA